AUGUCUGCGGGUCCUGGCUCUGACUCACUCUCUCGGUGCAGUGCCCGUGGCGCCGUGGCCGGGCUGCAGUCUUGCAAUCUGUUGAUAACUCCACUUGCUAGCUCGGAAUGGAAAACUGCUCCCCGGCACAGAGAACUCGCCACAGCCCGUCGGCACCGCGCGGCGCAGCGCCGGGGCUCCUGCUGCCUCUGCCUGAAUAGGUGGGGACAACCUCGACCCUCACCCCAGCCCCACCGUCGCCCUGAGGCCCCUGGCCCCGGGCUGGACCCCACAGCCACUGUGUGGGACCUUGACCUUCGGGACGGCCAUGGAGUGUCAUGGGACGUAGGUCUCGUGGUUCACCCGAGGAGCGGCGUGGUCGCUACCCAGCAGGUGCCAGCGGCUGCCAAGGACCCCACGGAGCUCGCACUCGCCCUGAAUUCAGGGCUGGCCGCAGUGUCAUCAGACUAUCCUUUGUCACGUCCAGCAGGGGCUGGAAGCCAGGACAGGGAUUUGAAAACCGUGCUCUCCCUGCCCCAGGACCCAGGGGAGUUCCUGCACCCCGUGGUGUAUGCCUGCACCGCCGUCAUGCUGCUCUGUCUCCUCGCCUCUGUCAUCACUUACGUCGUGCACCAAAAUGCCAUCCGGAUCAGCCGGAAAGGCCGGCACACGCUCCUCAACAUCUGCUUUCACGCGGCUCUGACCUUCACAGUGUUUGCCGGCGGCGUGAACCGCACCAAAUACCCAAUCCUGUGCCAGGCGGUGGGCAUCCUGCUGCACUACUCCACGCUGGCCACCAUGCUGUGGAUCGGGGUGACCGCCAGGAACAUCUACAAGCAGGUGACCAAGAAGGCCCCGCCCUGCCCCAGGCAGCCCCUGCUGAGGUUCUACCUCAUCAGCGGAGGGGUGCCCUUCAUCAUCUGCGGGGUCACGGCCGCCACGAACAUCAGGAACUAUGGGACAGACGAUGAGGACGGGCCCUACUGCUGGAUGGCCUGGGAGCCCAGCCUGGGGGCGUUCUACGGGCCGGUGGCCUUCAUCGCGCUGGUCACCUGUGUGUACUUCCUGGGCACCUACGUCCAGCUGCGGCGCCACCCAGAGCGCAGGUACGAGCUCAGGCCGCGGGCGGAGGAGCAGCGGCGACUGGCAACGCGCGAGGCCGGCCACAGCCCCGGGGCUCCGCCCGGCACACCGCCCGCCUGCGACGCCCUGGCCGCCUCGCUGCUGCAGAACGAGCACUCACUCAAGGCCCAGCUGCGGGCCGCCGCCUUCACGCUGUUCCUGUUCAUGGCCACCUGGACCUUCGGGGCGCUGGCCGUGUCCCAGGGCCACUUCCUGGACAUGAUCUUCAGCUGCCUGUACGGCGCCUUCUGCGUGACGCUGGGGCUCUUCGUGCUCAUCCACCACUGUGCCAAGAGAGACGACGUGUGGCAGUGCUGGUGGGCCUGCCGCCCCUCCCGCGGCAUCGCCACGCUCGGCGCCCGCCCCACGCUCGACACCAACGGGGACGCGCUGGGACCCGUGGCCUGCCGGCGGGACUCGCCGCGGCCGGGCAAACCGCGGGGCUUUGGCCCCCCCCCCGCCGGCCACUGCAAAAUGACCAACCUGCAGGCGGCCCGGGGCCACGUCAGCUGCCUGUCACCGGCCACGCCGUGCUGUGCCAAGAUGCACGGUGAGCGGCCGAUGGAGGACGCGGCCCACGUCCACGUGCACGAGGAGGACCCCUUUGGGCACGACCCGCACCUGCACGGCUGCCUCCAGGGCAGAACUAAGCCCCCCUACUUCGGCCGCCACCCGGGGGCCGCAACACAGGAGUGCGCCUACCACGUCCCGUCCAGCCCGGACGGCAGCCCCCUCAGCUCGCGCACGGACAGCGCCCCCAGCUCGCUGGAGGGCCCGGUGGGGGCACACGCGCUGGCCUGCUGCGCCCAGGGCGACCCCUUCCCCCUGGUCAGCCAGCCCGAGGGCAGCGACACGGCACUCUACGGCUGCCCGCGGAGGCCAGCCAGGGCGGUGGCCCAUGGCCCGGCCCACUUCGAGAUGCUCCGGAGGACGCAGUCCCUGCCCUUCGGCGGGCCCGGCCAGAACGGGCUGCUCCAGGGAGACAUGUGUGAAGUCCUGUCCUUCAGCGCAGACGGCACGGGCAACAUCCGGACAGGGCCGUGGAAGAACGAGACCACCGUGUAG